ACAUUCAUAUGGAGAUGUGGGACUAUAAAUAGGAGGGAUGGAGCCAGCAGAGAUCAGACUCUCUCUACAGAGACCUCUACAGCUCACACAUCCAGACAUGGCUCCUACAAUCACUGCAGCAAUCACCAGUUCUCAGGAGCAUCUGACUCUGAGCCACAAGCUCAGAAAGCCUCUGGUGGAGAAGUUACGCAGAGAGCGAAUCAACAGCAGCAUCGAGCAGCUCAAGUCUCUCCUGGGUCCAGAGUUCCUCAAACAGCAGCCAGACUCCAAGCUGGAGAAAGCCGACAUCCUGGAGAUGACGGUUUGCUUCCUCACACGACUGCAGCAGCAGCAUGGAGCUGUGGCCUCAGCAGCUGUCACUCAGGGAUACUCCAGGUGUGUCCAGGAGGUCACAUACUUCCUGUCCAAGGAGGGGGUGAAGGCACAGCCGCAGAGUAAACUGCUGAACCACUUCAACAACCUGCAGUUUUCCUCUGGGAAGAAACAGAGAGGGGAGGAUUUCUCUCCUCUCAGCUCCACAGUUCAGAGCAACAGCAGCAAAGACAAGAGCCCAGUCAGCAGCAGCAUCUGGAGGCCGUGGUAGACACAGGCUGCCAAGAACUCUGCAUUUGUUAUUGCAGUAGUUAUUUUUAUUGCCUUUUGUAAAGGUCAGCGUUUGUGCUCCUGUGACAUUUGCAGGUGGUUCUACUUUGUAUUUCAUGGUGAUUUCCUUAAGGCUUACUCUGUGACGUGAGCAUUAUUAUUCCCAGUGGGAACUGAGUGUUUGUAACACGGACAAUGACACAUGACUGUUUAUUUUUCCAUUUAGGAAAAACAUUUACUCAUGUUGAACGCGUUUGUCAUUUAUAUGUGAUUUUCACGUGUUUUAUUAAUUGAUUGUCUUCAGCAAUGGUUGCUGAUUAUUUGAAAUGUUUGCCUUUUUAGCAGAUGAAAAAUGAAACGUGCUGCUUUCUGACUCUGUGAGUCGCAG